GGUAAGAUUGCUCAGAUGGAUCGAACAUGCUGUACAAGGCGAAAUUUGUUUACUUUUUUAUUUUCUCCUGUAAAUAAACACCAAGUUCUGUAUCGAAACACAGUGAAAAAUCACUACAAAUUAUUAAUUGGUUCAAUAUUACCUGCAUGGGCUUUCAGGAUGUGAAAUAAUAUAUUAUUGGUUAAUAUGAAGUGAACUAAUCCGACAUUUUUACACCACUGUUUUGACAACAAAAGUAGCUAAUUAUGAAAGGGUCAGUCAGUGUUGUUGUUACUCCAGCACAGAGUGAAGAUGAGCCUACUGUGGAAGAAAACGAGACAUUUAAUGUCGUGUACCAUGGUCAUAUAAGUAUUGAUAGGCGUUAUGUUCCUCCAGUUUUCCAUUGGAUUGCUAAGCAAAUUGUUCGAAAAGGUGAUGUGAAUAUGACAAUGAAAGCAUGUUUGACGAAAUCUUCUUUAAAGUUUUUGAAAAGUGACAAUAAACAAUCAAUAUUUAUGGAACAUACAUUUGAUAGUAUUUAUCGUCUUUCAAGGUUAAGACAUUGUAACCUGAACAAUUUUUUAGCAUUUAUUACUGUUGGUAAAAAUGAUACAAAUUGUUGUGGAUUUUAUAUUUUGGAAUGUGAAAGCGUAGAAAUGAAAGAUCAAUUUUUGAAUUCUUUGAAAACACGAGUUCUUGGAUUUCAAAAAUCCUUCACUGGUGAUCAUGCAGCAAUACCUAACAAACUGCCCACCAAGCCGACACACAGGCGAGGGGUUUCAUCAGGUGCAAUCCUUGUUUCACCCAGCAAGUCAGAUGCUGUAUAUCGAGAUUCUGUGUAUUACAUUGGAAAAGUUACAAUAUCGCAACCGCAGGCUCCACCUAAAUUUAUUGAUGAAGUUUUAGUGCAGCUAAAGAAGAAUCAAUCAUCAGAACAUCCUCGUUUUAAAAGGAACGUGAGUGGCAACUUGUUUGCGAAAAGAUUCAGUCUUGAUGCAAAUGCACACAGAGAAAAUACGGGUAUGUUGUUAAGUGCUUCAAAAGCAGAGAUACAAUUUAUCUCACGAGGGAGAUCAAUAAGUUGUAACAGUGACCAUCAAGAAGCAUCGGGAUUGGAAAAUGACAGAAUAGAUAGGGAAGCCCCCUUGGAGAGUGACUCAUUUACACUUGGUGACAUACAAGAGGAAGUACAGUCCCGACUUGUUACAUUGCAGAUAUCAAAAACAUCACUUAUGCUGUUUAGUGUUGGUUCAAAAACACUCUUAUUGGAAAAAAAAAUUAAAAGUAUUUCUUUUUGUACAAAGGGUGAAAUUAGAAAAGACCAUUUUGGUUUUAUAUGUCGAGAAAAUGGAAAUCAUACGUGUUACAUAUUUCAAGGUGAAUCUGAACACAAGGUUGAUGCAAUCAUGAAAUCGAUGAAGCUUGCAUUUACUGAAGCACUAGAAGCAACAGCACAUUUAACAUUAUGUGAAUCCUGUCCCCUACAGUACCUACAUAGACUUUGCACCAAACUUGAAGCUUCUUCAAUGAUUCGAGAAAGACUUCUUGUUCUGCAAGAAACUUUAGAUCUGAUUUCAGAUUAUGAUAAGCUUGUCGUACUGAAUCAAGUAAAUGAAGUUGCACCAUCAAAUGAUGAGGAAAGGCUCGAUAUAACUGUUGACAUCCUGCGCAAAAUAUUUGAUGAACAACAGAAAUCCCAUAAGCAUUCUCACAAGCUUCAGAACAAUCUGUCAGAUUAUGACAACAGAGACCGUUCAAAAUCUUCUACGAUAUUUGAAAAAGCCAAAAAGUCAUUAACGACUUCAUUCCAAAACUUAAAUAUUAAAAAGGUCAGAUCCAAAACUCUCUCCCCCAGCAUGUAUGACAACCAUUCAUCAGAAGGGUCAAAUGGUUCCAAGUCUCCCAAUCCUCACAUUGCACGUAUCCAAAGUUCAGAAAAUAUGAAACCUCGAAGUAAAUCGUAUGAAACUCCAAAUAGUUGUCCAACAACACCAGAAUUUGCUUCCCGUCGUCUUCAGUUUACAUUUGAUCAAAGUGGUAAAUCUUCAAGAAGCGGAAGUAUAGCCGAUGAUGAAGAUGAAAAUGAGGAUGUUAAAGAAUUAAAUGAAGUUAAGAAAGAAAAGUUGGGUCGAAAAGGAUCUUGGCGGCAGGCGAUAUAUCAAAGUGUGGUUACACCAUCAAGAAAAAGUUCCUGCUCAUCUGUUUCAACGAUUCCAAUCGAAGCUGAGGAAUUGCAACCCAGAGAGCCUGUCGAUCGCAGUUUGAGAGCACGUGAGCGAUGGCAGAGCGCCAUUAUGAACCAGAUUCUCUUGAUCCGUAUGAAUAAAGAAAAUAAAAAGCUGGCUGCUAACAUUUCUGCGACAGAAACACGGCGACAAAAGCUCUCCUAUAAGGAAUUAUGCAGUUAUUCUGCUGAGUCAGCAAGUACUUGGGAUGAUUUGUUAAUCCGAAAAAAUAACGAAAAAGUUGACGAUCAUGUUUUACUUGAAGCUGUACGCGGUGGUGUACCGCGCAUGCGUCGUGGAGAAAUUUGGCAAUUCUUGAUAAAACAAUACAUCAUCAAGACACCUGAAAGACCUGACGAGCAAUACUGGAAGGAGAGUUCGUAUAGAAGUCUGAUACAAGAACAUACCACACAUCAACACGCCAUUCUCAUAGAUUUAGGACGAACGUUUCCGACGCAUGCUCAUUUCAUACCUCGACUCGGUUCCGGGCAAUUAAGUUUGUUCAAUAAUUUGAAAGCGUAUUCUAUCCUUGAUAAGGAAGUGGGUUACUGUCAAGGAUUGAGCUUUGUUGCUGGUCUUUUACUGAUGCAUAUGAAUGAAGAAGAUGCAUACAAAUCAUUUUGUCACGUAAUGUUCGAUCUACAAAUUCGUAAUCAAUAUAAACCAGACAUGGAGGCUGUACAGCAACAAUUGUAUCAACUGUCGCGUCUUCUUCACGACUAUCAUCCAACGUUGUAUGAACACCUUAACGUUCACGACGUAACGCCGACAUUAUAUGCUGCACCAUGGUUUCUGACGUUAUACGCUUCACAAUAUCCCAUUGGUUUUGUCGCGCGUGUGAUGGAUUUGUUGUUGUUGCAAGGACUUGAAGUUAUUUUUAAGGUUGCUCUAAUCUUAGUUGGAAAUCAUGCAGAUGAAAUCUUGAAGUGUGAUUGUUUCGAAAGUAUUGUUGAGUACAUGAAAACGAGUCUACCGGAGGAAGUUGUUGAUGAAACCGACGACAUAUGCACACGAGCAUUGAAUAUGGAUAUUAAGCAACAGCUUAAUUUGUAUGAAGUGGAGUACCAGUUGUUGAAUGAUGAAAUGAUCGAUAUUCGACAGAACAAAGAGAAGUUAGAGAAACAAGAAGUUGCUCAUAAUCAACUCAUUUUGCAAGUUGCGCAAUUGAAGAAAGAACUUAAAAGUGCGAAUGAAACGAUUAUGUCAUUGAAAAUGUCGGUAGAAAGUUCGAACGAUCAAGUCAACAGUUAUCAAGUAAAGUUACAAGCUGUUCAGAAUGAGCGAGACAAACUUAGGUUGACGGUGGCAGAAUUACGAAAUGAAACCGAUGGUAUUAGUUCUUCAGAAGAAGUUGCAAGUAUUUUUGAUAAAAAAAGAGUUACAAAUGGCGAACAAAAUUGGGAACUAGUGCCCAGUCCAGAUAGUGUAGGUGCAGAAAUGGUUAAUAAAAUGCAAAAUACGGAGAAAAUGCUGAGUCCGUUAGAAGCGUCUGAAAUGUCAGAUAAUGAGUUCUGUAGGAACGGUGAGACAGAUUCGAUAGGGAGUAGCUCAAUAAAAAAUGGAGUUUGUAAUGAAUUGACAUCAAGCUCUGAUUCUUCAUCUUUGAAAUCUUUGGGUAAAGACGCUACGAUGUUGUUAACCGUUUCGAGUGAAAGUUAAACGUUCAUAUUAGUUAUUUUUAUGCUGUUCAUACAGUUUUACUUGCGCACAUAGAGGUGCGUAUUUUAAUACCCCCCCCCCCCCCCCCACGAUGAGAUCACGUGAUGUAGUUGUUUUUAACGAAGUUUUUAUUGGUGAAUUUGAAACUUUUUUCGAGUUUUUUUUCCUCAAGUAAGAUAUUAUAAAUUUUAUACAAAGAUUGAGUUUUUAGUUAAUCGUUUUGUAAUUAGAUAAAAUCUAUUAAGACAGUCAAGUAUGGAUGGUUGUUCAGAAAAGGGCGUUGACGGUACACAGCCACAGGCUCGAAACACUUGUUUUCUAAUGCUGGCCGUUAGAUUCAAGUUAACUACUGUGCCUAGAUUCUUCCUGAUCUGUGGCCAUCUAUGCUAAAAAAAAAAGAUUUAUUGUUAUUAUGAAAAAAUUAUUCUUUUGUUAUUGUAAAAUAUUAUUAGAGAGAAAAAAGAAUGCUAAA